AUGACUGGCAAGGAUGGGUUGUCUUCAUCAGUCGUGGAGACCGUAGCGGGAUUCACAGCAGGUGUUGCCUCGACACUCUGUGUACACCCUCUUGACCUAGUGAAGACCCGCCUUCAAGUCGACCGAUCAUCCCCCUCCCGUCUUGGCAACUCUUUACGGAUUAUCCGUGAGAUUUCCACGCACGAGGGCGGUCUCCGUGCCUUCUAUCGUGGUCUGGCUCCUAAUCUGAUUGGAAACUCGACGAGCUGGGCGCUGUAUUUUCUCUGCUAUGGCAGUCUCAAGGACGCCAUCCGCAUUUACCGAGGACGGGAAGAUUGGAUGCUCACAUCUUCUGACUAUUUUCUUGCCUCUAGCGCAGCAGGAGCCUUAACAUCCAUUCUUACCAACCCUAUCUGGGUCAUCAAAACCCGGAUGCUCGCAAGUGGUGCCCAAUCGCCCGGAGCUUACCCUUCGUUCAUGUCUGGUGUGAGGCAAAUUUACCGCACUGACGGCAUGCGUGGCUUUUACCGUGGACUGAUCCCCUCAUUGUUCGGUGUCAGCCACGGCGCUUUCCAGUUCAUGGCCUACGAAAGGCUGAAGGUCUUCCGUUCCCAGGCACUACAUAGAGAAUCCUCAACGGAGCUGCAUGAUGCCAUGGUGACCAAAAACCUUGGAAACCUGGAUUUCCUGGUUCUCUCCGGUCUGUCCAAGGUUUUUGCCGGGUGUGUGACUUACCCAUAUCAAGUCAUCAGAUCACGACUACAAACCUACGAAGCCCACAUCUUAUACCGUGGGGUUCUGGACGCGAUGGGUCAGAUUUGGGCAAAAGAAGGUAUUGCAGGGUUCUACAAGGGACUCGGUCCGAAUUUGCUUCGAGUUUUGCCGAGUACCUGGGUCACAUUCCUUGUUUACGAGAACACAAAGCUCUUUAUGCCCAAGCUCGCAGAGAGUGUGUAG